AUGCGUGACCGCAGGAAUACCAACCUUUCCAUCUCAUCCACGGCUUCGUUCGCCUCAGCCCACACAUCGCCCGUCGUAGCCGACCACGCUCAAGACAGUGCAGAAAAGGGCAGGUUCUUAUGGAUUCCGCCUAGAGAAGACGCCGACCCUCUGCCGUCACCUUUGCUUAAACACGCGCGCGAGAACCAUCAUGGCUUUUUCGACGACUGGCAAAAAAUGCCCCGAACGCGCACAGUGGUCAUGCUAGUCGUGCUGGCUGUCGUCUUGAUAUGCUAUACUCUGGCCCCCCUGCUCGGAAGUGAUGUUCAGUUCGAUGCUGUCUUCGCCAAUGCGGACAAACAGAUUGACCUCAUCAACGGCGCGCCUGUUCCAGACCACCCAACACCUUUGAUCUUCCAGGACCAGCACGGUCAACCUCGAUGGACAGUCUCGAUCCCGCCUUCGUAUGGGUUUCCCCUAAAGUACCAUGAAUACAGUCACAUAUGCUCAGCCAGCGAAGGAGUCAGCAAAAGUGUCCAAGCUAUGACUGGCCGUACGUCCAGGAUCCAAGGGCAAAGCAGACCUCAUUUCUGGAAGCGACCGUACUACGCCGCAGACAGAUCUUUCAUGCCGGUCGAUGAAGCCGAAACCUUGCAUCUUCUACCAGCUAUGCCGGAGGAGCAGAAACACAUCUCCGUGGUCGGCCAUGCGAACGGAAGCAACUCGGACUUACCUGUCUGCCAGAGCAGCUUAACAUUUGUCAUGGAGACCAGCGAAGCCGGAUUUGGCAACACUUUGCUCGCUCUUUGGUUGAGCUAUGGCGUUGCCAGGAAGGAAGGUCGCACUUUCUUCAUUGACGAUUCAAAUUGGUCAUACGGAAGAUACAUUACAUACUUCAAGCAGCCUCCCAAAUCCUCAUGCUCACCUCCACCGGCCAACCAGGUUCUCCCCUGUCCCCAUAGUGCUCGCCAUCUGGUCGUCUCUGCCGCUACUCUCCCUUGGACGUUUGGACCCGCGUUCAGAACCGAAUAUCAGCAAUCACUCAAGCAUGGCUUUAAGAAGAAUCGCCCCAUUUACGAUCUCGUCCGCAAGGGCUACAAGGACCUGUUUCAGCUUCAAGGAGAGGAUGGGUCCUUCUUGGCACACAAACUGACCGUCAUGCGUGCCGCUGCAUCCGCUUCUCAAACUCCACUUGUUGGCAUGCAUAUCCGUCGUGGCGAUCUGCAUCCUUUUGAGGUCGAAUACAGCCACGACUACCUCCCAUUCGAGCGUUACACGUCUGCAGCUAGUGAGCUCUUUGCUUCCUUCUCGCCAAACAAGUCCUCUAUGGAACCCAGCGCUCUCCUACUUGCUUCUGAUGACCCGGACAUUCUUUCGUCGCACGAUCUCAUCAAUACCCUCCCAUCUCACCUCACCGUUUCACGCCCUCAAGAACGCAUCGUCCUUGCAAGCAAGAAAACAUUGGAACCCGCUGUACCUAUUCGCGCUCCUGGUUCUGCAUAUGUCAAGCAUGUCGACGAGAACUCUGGUUGGGAGGGCGGUUUCUAUGCCUCGUUAUUCUUUUCUCUCGGAAAGGGGCAUCCGUCAGCGCCGAACCAGGGAAUGGGCGAUGAGAUGCAAAAGGCUGUCCUGAUGCUGAGAGAGCUCGUAGGACGUGCAUACCUUCUCGACUUAGCGGUUGUGGGACAUGCUGAUGCAGCUGUAUGUGCCAGCUCCAGUGCCGCCUGUCGCAUCAUCGGAGUCAUGAUGGGCGCCGACAAGGUCUACAAUGGCCAAUGGAGGAAUGUGGACGGCGAUCGUGUCUGGAGUUGGGACGGUCAGGUUUGA